AUGGAGACCGGGUUAAAAGAAGCUAAACUAUCAGAUAAUAAAGUAUCCGACAUUACAACAGAUAGUGUCUAUUCAUUCUCUACACAAUUCAAAGAAGUUUAUGAACUGAUCUCUAAUAAUGAUUAUAAUAAUGCAUUACUAAAAUUGGAUGAUUUAUUAGAGUUUGUACACGAUUAUAAAUACGGACAAGAAAUUAUUACACACGAGUGGACUUCCUUAUCCAAAUUGAUGAUGGAUGAACAAUUACCUGCUAACUUAAAUGAAAUCAUAACAAGAAUAGUUAUAAGUGCAAUGAGAAAUAAUCCACCAGUUAUUGAUUAUAUUAGAAACCAUUCAGCUGAUAGCUUAGUGACUAAAUUAUUUAGUAAGGUUGAGUUGUGUGAUGAUUUUAUUUUAUUGAAAAGAUAUGUCACAUUUUUAGAGCAAUUCUUGGAUCCAAAACAAGUUACGUCACAGAAUUUAAAUAUCUUAUAUUCAAUUUUUAACAGAUCAUCCGAUAAACAAUUGAAAUGGAAAAUAUUACAUAUCGUUUCAUAUUUCUAUACUCAUGGACAAUUCAUGGAUUUAGAACAUGAUUCAUUGUGGUUUAAGCACUAUUUGGCUAUGAUAGAAGAUUCAGCUGCUGAUGAAUACCAUAUAAGAUUGUUUUUUGAUACAUUAUAUGAUAUAAAAUUACAUUAUGGCAAUAAUAUUCAAGUUCCAUCCAGCUUUCUUAAUUGGUUAAAUAAUCAAAUACAAAUUAGAGAAAACAUUAAUGAUUUAAGUGAAAGAGACCCUGAACAAAUUGAAUUUAAUGAUAGAUUGAAAGAAAGUAGACAUAAUGUUUUUGGUAACCCUAUGGCAGGUCGUAUUAAACAUUUUAAUGAUGAACUGUAA